AUGCAGAUCUGCAGACCAAGAGCACUCUACCCGCAGCCCCUGGAAUGGUCAGGACCACUGUGUCCUAGAGCCGACUCCCUGCCCAACUGCACAGGGCAUGCCCCUCACCCUCAGGGCUGGCAGUUCCCAGUGCACAUGAAAAACUGGUGCAAUGACUGGACUUCCACACAGAAGUCCGAGCCCAGACGGGGGGAAUCCAGCGGGGCGUGGGAGGCCCGCACGCUCCCCACCCCCAGCCCGGACCCGGACGAGGGGAGCGUGCUAGGAGGCUCGACUCCCCACUCCCCGAGUGGCCCGAGCCGGGAAAACCUCCCGCGGGCUCCCCGCCCGGGUCUGCAAGACUCCCUCCUCGCCCCGGGCCGAGGGCGCCGCGGCCCCCAGCGGAGGGGAAGGGGACCGAGGAGGGGAAGAAGCUGUAAACAGCCCCAGCGUCCGGGCCUCGCCUCGAAGAGCCCCGCUUCCCAGGCCCCGCUGCGGGCCGCCCCGGCCCCCGGCCCGCCCCGGAGCCGCCCUUCCCUGGGUCAGGGAGAACCGGAGGGGGCUCAGGUCCCCCCUGGGAGGGCUCUAGCAGCUUGCGGAGCGGUCCCAGCAGCAGAGGAGGGGGAAGUCAGGACUUACCUGUCAUUACUUUCUACGCCAUCUUGGAUCCACUUGUCAACGUCCCCACAAAGCAUUAUGGGAAUUGCAUUUUUUAGCUGUCCCGUUGCAUCUACAUGGAACCAUGUGACUAGUUUUUUUCCAGUGGACUUGGAGGAAAAUGUGACUCUGAAGCACAUGAAAAUCUGCCUGACUAAAAACACCUACAUUGAAUGGUGUUGGUUCCUAAAGAACAUCUUUCACCUCAAACUCCUUCUGCUUCUAGAGAACCCAACCUGUGACAGUUAAUGCCAGAGUGGUUGAGUGGUUUGAGAAAGCAGGUGAUAAGGUUUGGAACUGGAUCACCAGGCUGUCUAUGAGGACCCCAUCAUCAGUGGUGGGUAGAUCUCAGACAGCCUUUGACACAAGAUGGUGGUUCAAUUGUUCAAACAUUUACUGUUGGUUAAGGAGGAGGUGUCCUGGGGGAAGGGAGUGCACUAGUAGAGGCAAUAUAUCAGACAUUUGAGACUUUGGGAGGAAAUAAUAGAUACAAGGAUAGCAAGAUUGGAUGGCUAUUGAUAAGCACCUUUGAUGCUCUAGGGGAAGAUAAUGAACAGCUGAGGGUAAUUGAAAGUCAGGCAGGCCUCUUUGGUUGCAUACAAUGAAGCACUUCUCCCCUACUGUUGCAGGAACUUUAAAGGUUGAACACCCAACAAAAGUGGGUCUCUUAUGCCCUGGGUGGGUUAAGGCCCUGGAUGAGUAAAGAUGAGACCCAACAUAUAGAAUAAGGACAUCUGGACAAUGGCUCUGAGGAUUUUGACUCCCCAGGCUCCUGUGAAUCUUCUGAGCUUGCAGAAAUGGUCCAUCAUCCCCCAGUCCCUAGUAAGAGCUAGCACUCCCCUGUGAUGGAAGACAAAGGAGAAGCCUCUCCAAGCAUGUAGGUGUCUCUGCAGUCUUGGCCUAGGCCUACAAUUAGGUUAAGUCACAGUAUAUCCCAGCCAGGGACAUGCUAGGCCUGGGGAGGAAAUGGACUAUUUCCCCAAAGAUAUUGCAAGACCUAGCCAGUAUGCAUUGACAGGAGCCAAGGACUAGAU